AUGACCGCAGCGGGCGUCACGACCGACAGCAACCCAGAGCAGCUUGCUCCGUCCGCAACUUCUCCAGCAAACACGCCACAGCCGUCCAACGCGGGUGCCGCCUCCGAAGAUGGGCCCGGGAAGGAAAAGGAGAGCAUAACCCCCGAGAAGGAGACUCGGGCCGCAGAUUCCGAACAGCAGAAGUCAGUGGAAGUAGCCCAGGAGUUUGACGAUUUCGGUUUACCCAUUCGACCUCGUGCGAGACCCGAGACAACCAUCACCGAUUCAUCGCAAGAGGACGCUCCAACCCCCGAAGAUCGAGAACCAGUUACAAGUCCCGCAGCCGAUACGCAGCCAAAGAAGGAGGAGUCUAGAACCGAGGAUAGCAACGAAAAAGCAGAAAGUAGCGCUGGAAAUACCGAGAAGCAUGAAGACCCAGCAACACAACAAGACAAAGGCUAUGAAUCGCCGACGCCUGAAGAUGCCUCUGCUCGCAAAGCCCAACUCGAAGACCCUGAAGCUGCUACUUCCCCGCGACCAUCAACAUCAAAGCCUAAAAAGGUCGAGUUUUCGGAAUGGUCGCACAUGCGACUCGCCCAGCCCAAUCAGCCACAUGACGAAAGCGAGGAGGAAGAGGAGGACCAAGGGGAUUGGAAAUCUAUGCCUGCGCUCGGAGAGUUCGAUUAUUACGACGACUAUGGAAGAUUGAUCGCCAAGGGUGCUCAAGAAGAUGGCGAUGAUGCUGUGUACAGCGGAUUGGGAGGUGCUGGCAAGGGCUACACCCGAGUUCAGGUCGACGAAGAUGCGCAGUCUGCCACCAGUAUGGAUGAGGACACCAGCUACCUUUUCAAGGACUCAGCGCAAAACUCUGCUGGUCUGGUCGGUGAAGAAUAUCGUGAUUCCGUCAGCCAGCUCCAAGCCACCAAAGACUUUCUCAACGAGACGCAGAAGAUCGCUUAUGUGGGCGUGGUCCGCUUGGCGAUUCACGAGAUGACCUUGGAACUGAAGAAGCUUCCCGUGACCAAAAACACCCGCAAGUCACACCAGAAAGCCUUCGAUAACAUGAGGAAAUGGGGCCAGGCGAUGAUGGGGCGAUUGUAUAUCCACAUGGAUAUCAACUCGGCCGAGCAGAUCAUGAUUGAGCAGCUCGCCGAGCAUGGUGUGCAUCCUGGAGACUUGAUUCGACCGCUUAUGCAGAAUGCGCGUGUAAAGAACCCCAUGGCCGAGAGUGCUGACAAGACAUCUACUUCUUCAGUAUCGUCUCCUACCUCCAAAGAAGACCCACGGUCGCACCUGUCUGUCGAGACUGAAGCCUCAUCUGAGCCUGGCUCCCCUCCUCCAUACGAAGCUCAUGAGGAUGACGAACCUACGGAGGUCAAGACCCCAUCGCAAAUGCCCACAUCAGACCGCAUCGACAUAGAUCUUCGAUGGACAGUGUUGUGUGAUUUGUUCCUGGUUCUUAUCUCUGAUUCGGCGUAUGAUGCACGUUCAAGAACAUUGCUGGAACGGGUCGGAGAGGCCAUGGAAGUGACAUGGCUGCAAAUUUCGCGGUUUGAGAAGCGAGUCACAGACUCUCUUGAAAUGCAAGAGCAGGCAGAUAAAGAGAACUGGGACGAGUCAGAACAUAUGGAGAAGCGUCGGCAGAUGUCUCUGAAGAGGAAAUACAUCGCUAUGGGAUUGGCAACUGUUGGUGGUGGAUUGGUCAUUGGUCUUUCUGCCGGACUCUUGGCCCCUGUUAUUGGAGCUGGUCUCGCUGCUGGUUUGACCACCGUCGGCAUUGGUGGAACUAGUACAUUCUUGGGUGGUGUUGGCGGCACUGCCCUGAUUGCUUCAGGUGCCACUCUGAGUGGCAGUGCAAUUGGCUUGAAGGCUUCGCAUCGCCGCACUGGUGCUGUCCGGACAUUUGAAUACCGCCCUCUGCACAACAAUAAGAAGGUCAACUUGAUUGUCACCGUCUCCGGAUGGAUGACAGGCAAGGUCGAUGAUGUUCGCUUACCAUACAGUACAGUUGACCCCAUCAUGGGCGAUAUUUAUUCAGUUUUGUGGGAGCCUGAGAUGCUUCGAAGCAUGGGUGACACCAUCAAUAUUCUCGCAACAGAGGCGUUGGCGCAAGGCCUGCAGCAGGUGUUGGGCAGUACAGUCCUGAUGGCCCUGAUGGCUUCUCUGCAGUUACCUCUGGUUCUCACGAAGCUUGCCUACCUGAUCGAUAAUCCAUGGACCGUCUCAUUGGCCCGUGCUCAUUCAGCUGGCCUGAUCAUGGCCGAUUCUUUGCAAGAUAGGAAUCUUGGAAGACGGCCGAUCACUCUGCUCGGAUUCUCCCUUGGUGCCCGAGUCAUUUUCUCAUGUCUCAAGGAGCUGGCCGACAAGGGUGCACAUGGACUCAUCCAGAAUGUGUACCUCUUUGGUUCGCCGAUUGUGGCCAACAAGGACGACUAUCUGAAAGCUCGCAGUGUGGUGUCGGGUCGAUUUGUCAACGGAUACUCAACCAACGACUGGAUUCUGGGAUACCUCUUCCGCGCCACUAGCGGAGGUAUCAUGCGAGUGUCUGGCCUUGCAGCGGUUGAAGGGAUCCCAGGACUAGAGAACUUCAACCUGACAGAACUUGUCAAUGGCCAUAUGGACUACCGUUCUGCCAUGCCUCGAAUUCUGAGAGAAGUAGGCUGGGAAGUCCUGGAGGACGAGUUCGCCGAGAUCGAGGACCCGGACCCGGAUAACCACGCCGAACGCCAGAGAGAAUUGAUCCGCGAAAUCGACGAAGCUCGCCGAGAAGCCGAGUCCAAACCAGAGAAAAAGCGUUUCGGUCUUUUCAAGCGCGGCAAGAUGGCCGAGAAGAAAUCAUGGGAGACGUACGAUAUCGAGCGGAAUAAUGCGUCGAGAGACUCCAGUGAUGCAGGCAGUGUGCCGGGUUCAGUACUCUUCGAUAUCGAGGCCAUUCGAGCUGAGCUGGCAUCAGAGGCCAUUGAAGUAAGGCAGUUGGAAUCCACUCUGCCUCCGAUGAAGCUCGAUCUGAAUCCUCCGACGGAGUCACCUUCCACGCAGACGGCCACCCCCAGCGAAAAGGCAAAGGAGGAAGAUCCCAAGUCCCUUGAGCCAGCAUCUGUUCCUCGAACUAUGUCAGAACCAAAGCUGAACACCGACCCACCCGCCGCUUCUUACGAAUCUCUCCACAAACCUUCCUCCGCGCACAGGGAGGAAGAGCUUGAAAUGACCUUUGAUACUUCCUAUCAUGACCUUCCGCCUCAGAACCAGCAUGACCCGCCUUCCCGACCAGCGCUACGAACUUUUUCCACCAUGCCCACCAUCGGUGCCACGGCAGUCGGCGCCAUGGCCCUCGAGCCGAAUGCUUGGGCCGACCAUGAUGAUAUGGGACAUGGAGACGGCGAGAUCUCGAUGACGUUUGAGUAG